GAUGGCUGUAGGUUGUUCAAUACCUGCAAAAGAGGAGGAUACACAGGUUAACAGUGCCUAUACAUCCCAGAAACCCCCUGCACAGUACAGCGCUCUUGCUUGGAUCUACUUUCUUUGACUUGUGCACCUACGAACCCAACUCGAUGCACAAAGCACUGCGGCGGCAACCAUGGACUUGUACCAAGUGCCUGCGCCGACAGAAACGACUCAACUCCACAGCUACUGGCACAGCUCCAGUGCAAGAUCAUGUCUUUGCUUCUGCCUACGUUCAUUCGUCCUCGUCACGACAGAGCGAUAAUGCUCAACUACGCGAAGUCUUCAAUGAGCGAGUUAGCUGGCGGACAUCCGAAAAGAAGAGCUCGGGCUUGAUAGGGAAUAACCAGUUGACCAACCCUCGAGGAUUUAAGACAUUUGCAGAGAAGUCUGUGGCGCAAUGCAAGAGACUGGUCGAGAGGACGCUGGCUGCCUCCACAGUCGAGCAGUACAGAGCAAUACCAAAAGAUCUCGAUAGACUUAGUGAUCUACUAUGUCGGGUCAUAGAUUUGUCUGAUUUCAUCCGGGGCAUACAUCCAGAUGCUGCUGUUGCUGCGGCGGCCACGGCCUCUUAUUCUCUCAUGUUCCAGUAUAUGAAUGAAUUGAACACAACCACUGGGCUGAACAAACAGUUGCAAAAGGCAUGGGACAUGCCGGAAGUUCGUUCUCACUGGACUGAGGAGGAAAGAAUGGUGGCCAAGUUAUUGAUGAAGGACUUUGCAAAAUCGGGAAUAGAUCUUCCCGACAAGCAAAGAAAACAGUUUGUGUCAUUAUCGAACGAGAUUGCACAGAUUGGAACAGACUUCGUUAAUCAGAUGGAGCACGCCCGAGACCAUAUCUCGUUUUCUACUCAACAACUACAGGGUGUUGAUCCGCUGCUCAUCAGAAACAUGAAGACUUGGGAUCGGGCGCAGAUACCGGUGUACAGUCCAGCUUCCAAGAUGAUACUGAACUCAGCGAACGACCCUGCGACCCGGAAACAAAUAUAUGUUGCCGAAAGGACAGCAUCACGCUCAACCGUGCGGAAACUCGAGCAACUUCUCCUCCGUCGUGCGGAGCUAGCUAAGCUGACAGGCUACGACAGCUACGCUCAGAUGACACUGGCCGACAAAAUGUCCAAGACACCCGAGUCCGUGAGUAAUUUCUUGGACUCUUUGAACGAGAACAACCGGCCACAGGUCCAUAAAGAACUUGCACCGUUAUUAGAAAUCAAGCGAAAACUUGAUCAGGGAGCUAAGUCAGUCGACCCUUGGGAUCAUACCUAUCUCCUGGCAAGAUUGGCGCAAGCUGAAGCCAGUGCUGGUCCUCGGACUUCCAGAUCACGUCUCCAGGAAAGUGCCAGUGCGUACUUCUCCCUGGGUCAUGUCAUGCAAGGACUCUCAAACUUGUUCGAGUCUCUCUAUGGGGUUCGUCUUGUGCCGAAGGAAAGCGAGCCCGGCGAGGUCUGGCAUCCAGAAGUCAAGAGACUGGACGUGUAUACAGAUAAGCAGCAACAUAUCGCUACUAUGUACUGUGAUUUAUUUUCUCGCCCAGGGAAGCUUCCCAAUCCUGCGCAUUUCACGCUUCUUUGCUCAAGAGAAAUCUCAGAGGAAGAAGUGCGAGAAUGCCAGGAAAGGAACGAGCCAUUGAACAAUGGUAUGCCGACCUAUCUGGGGUCUAAUGCAGUCUCUGGCGCAACUGCUCAUCACCAAAUCCCUAUCAUUGCUCUGGUCUGCGGCUUUCCAGACCCGAGCUCAUCUGCAGGCCCUUCACUGUUGUCGGUGCACAGUGUUACCACAUUGUUCCACGAAAUGGGUCACGCCAUCCACAGCAUCUUAGGACGAACAACCUUGCAAGGCAUCUCUGGCACACGAUGUGCUACGGAUUUCGCCGAGCUUCCGUCUGUGUUAAUGGAAUAUUUUGCAACAGAUGCAUCGGUUCUCAAAAUGUUUGCCCGUCACUGGCAGACUGGGGCAGUCAUUCCGGACGACAUGAUCACAGCUUUGGCGGAUGACAGAACGAAACAAGCUGUGAGAACUGGGGCUUGGAAUAAUGAAAGCCAGAUUUUGAUGGCAAUCCUAGAUCAAGUGUACCAUUCCGAGGUGCCGGUAAAAGCACUGCAGAUUGGACACUACAACUCCACCGCGGCUUACCAUGAUGUUUGGAACAAGUAUGGGAGUGUUGCCGAACCGCCCGAAACGGCGUGGCAAGGCUUCUUUGGACACUUAUACGGCUAUGGUGCGAGCUACUACUCAUAUCUAUUCGACAGAGCAAUUGCACGUCAAGUCUGGCGAGUCGUGUUUAGAGACGGUGCUGACGGAGGCGCUGUAGACCGAUCGGCUGGGGAACAUUUCAAACAAGAGGUUCUUCGCUGGGGAGGCGGCAGAGACCCAUGGUUAUGUCUUGAAGGACUUAUGGGAGAGGGUAGAGGCGUACUAGCUGAAGGCAAAGAGGAAGCCAUGUUGGAGGUUGGUAGAUGGGGAGUCGGAGCAUCGAGUGAGGGUUCAAUGUGAGAGUAUCGAAUUGAACCUGUUGAAGAUGAAGUCCAUUGAACAAAACAAUAUGUGAAUGAAAUGACCAGUGUCCUUCAGUGUCAUGAAUGAAUUUAUCGGUGCCAACGAGUGUACAGCAGCAGUAGUACUUAC